GGACCCGCUAAAACUUUUGGCAAAAAUUUGGGUGGGGGUUCUCGUUCUGGCGCUCGCUGAAGCUCUGGACCGUCGCGACACGCCAGGCAAAAUGUCAACCAUGGCGCCUGCAAAAGGUCGCUCGCAGCGCUUCGCCGAGUUUGAAGAGAAACUAGCCCAGGAUUACGAUCCCGAAGCCGAAGCUCCUGUGGAGGAGAGCGACGAUAGCCAAAGCGAAGAUGGUUCAGACGAGCUUGACGGCACCGAGCAUUACGUCUCUGUCGGGAAGAGCAAGCUUCGCCGAACAGACCCCGUCUCUCUUGGGCCACGGUACAGCGGCAAGAGAGUCAGUCGCGCGGCAUUGGACGACAGCAGCGAGGAGGAGGAAGAUGACGAGGAUGACGAAGCCACAUCCGGAGAGGACGAGGACGAAGAGUUCGCCGACCCCGAGACGGCCGACCUCAAGGCGGACCAUGUCGAUCGUGACGAAGAGAUAGACAGCGACGACGCCUUGUGCGAGAGCGACCAGGAGAAGUUCGCCAAGUUUACGUUCCGUGGCAGCUCGAAGCCGAAACUCACCCCUGCCCAGCGAAGGCAACGGCCUACCGCUGCCGACUUUCUCAGCGACUCGGAAGAGGAGGGCUUGAAGGCCGACUCAGACGAUUCCAUCGGCGAUGAAGAUGAGGAAGAGGAGGGUGAAAGCGAGGACGGGCUUGGGCAGUCUGACUCUGAGGAUGGGUCUGGGUUGGACGAUGACACCGACUCGGGCUCCGACGAUGACGGGAGCGAAGACGAAGACGACACAGACGGCACGAGCGGAGAUGAAUCCGAGGCUGGAGGGGCAGACAAGAGAGCAGAGCUCCGCAAGAUCAUGAGUGAGGGUCAAAAGAGCAUCGUAUCGACCAUGUCCGAGGCUGCCAAGGCCGACGCCGAAAAGGGCAGUGCAGUUCGGCAACAGCGGCGUUCGUUCGAUGCUCUCCUCAACAUUCGAAUCAGACUCCAGAAGGCGCUUGUGGCCGUCAACUCCCUUGGCACAAUCUCCGAGAGCGAUCAAGACCUGGCGGGCGACGAGCCUUACCAGGCGGCCGAGGAGGCGGCGCUCAAACUCUGGAGCACUGUCGAGACUUUCCGUUGCUCGCUGCCCACCAGCUCGGCUGCGGCAUCCGGGAAAAAGCGGAAGCGGGAACUGGGACUGGACACGCCUCUCGGCGAGCUUUGGGAGGACAUGGAGGCAAUCGAGUCUCGGGCGGCGUCGCACCGAAAAAAGGUGCUUGAGAAGUGGUCAAACAAAGUCCGGAGCACGACAGCAGUAGCUACCUCGCGCAAGUUGGGCAAUGCAACGGUGCAGCGACUUACGUCGGUGCUGGACGACCAACUGGUGCAGUCGGACCGGCUCGUGAAGCGCACGCGGGUGCCGCGGUCGUGCGCGCCGGUGCAGAUGGCCAAGAAGGUGCAGGAGGACGAGGGCAUUUACGACGAUGCCGACUUCUACCAGCUGCUGCUCAAGGAGCUUGUGGACCAGCGGACCACGGACUCGGGCGGCGACGGCGGGCCGGGUGGCUCGUCGGUCCCCACGGUGCGGUGGGGCGCGGCGGCCCAGGAGGCCAAGACGCGCAAGGUGGUGGACAGGCGGGCGAGCAAGGGUCGCAAGCUGCGGUUCACUGUGCACGAGAAGCUGCAAAACUUCAUGGCGCCCGAGGACCGGCGGGGCUGGGGGCAAGAGGCCAUCGACCGCUUCUUCGGCACGCUGUUUGGCCAGAAGAUGGAGCUGCGCGAGGACGAUGGGUCCGAGGAUGAGGAGAUGGGUGGAAACUUGGAGGAGGAAGGUCUGAGGCUCUUCAGGUAGACAAGGCCGGCUCAGAAACCCGAGCAAAGCCGACUUGAGGACAGGGUUCCUUGAGCAUGGAUCGGUUUUGGGAUAUUUUAAUGUAGGGCUGGUGCACAUAAAACAUUCGAAAAUCGGGUUGGCAUGGGAAUAUCAAGUGCCAUUGGGAGACAAAAUAUCUGUCAUCAGAAUCUUGCCUAGUACUAUCCUCCCCACUCACUCAUCACCACUUCCAUCAGCCCGUUGCGCC